GACCAGCGGGGCUAUAUAAAGCAGGUCGGCUGCAGCCGCUCAAAUGUUCGUAUGAGCCUUUGGCUGCUUCUGCCAGCUCUCUGAGGACGAGGGCCCGCAGAAAUGGCGCAGAAGUUUGCGUCCACCCUCUUCAGGGCUGCUCGCCUUGCACCGGCAGCGGUAUGGCGGCCGGAGCCUGCACUCCCUUUGUGCGGGGUGUUCCACAUUGAGAGCAGCUUUGUCGCCCUCCGCAUGGUACGGACCUAUGGCACAAGGGCCGACGCAGUGCCUGCGAUGAGUGCAGCAACCGCACACCAUGAAGCCCCUGGCGUGAAGCUGCUCAUUGGCGGCAAGUUCCACGACUCUCAAGCCAAGGAGUGGAUUGAUGUCACAAAUCCCGCUACCCAAGAGGUCAUCUCCCGCGUGCCUCACACCACAAAGGGGGAGUUUGACGCGGCUGUGGCCGCCGCAAAAGCUGCCUUUCCAGCUUGGAGAGACACUCCCGUGACGGUGCGGGCGCGGGUCAUGUUCAACUUUCAAAAGCUCAUCCGGGACAACAUGGAAAUGUUGGCAGAGAACGUGACGUUGGAGCAGGGGAAGACGAUACCGGACGCCAAGGGCGACGUUUUUCGAGGCCUAGAGGUGGUCGAAUACGCGUGCGGCCUCCCGAGCGCGCUGUCGGGCGAGAUCGUGGAGAACGUGAGCGCGGGCAUGGACACGUACAGCAUCCGGCAGCCGCUCGGCGUGGUCGCCGGCAUCUGCCCCUUCAACUUCCCGGCCAUGGUGCCCCUCUGGAUGUUCCCGCUCGCCGUCACCGCCGGCAACACCUUCAUCCUCAAGCCGUCCGAAAAGGACCCCGGUGCCGCCAUGCUAUUGGCCGACCUGGCGCAGCAGGCGGGCCUCCCCCCCGGCGUGCUCAACAUCGUGCACGGCGCCCAGGACGUUGUCAAUAUGAUAUGCGACGACAAGGACGUGCGCGCCAUCUCAUUUGUGGGCUCCGAUAGGGCCGGCAAGCACAUCUACUCGCGCGGGUGCGCCAACGGGAAGCGCGUCCAGAGCAACAUGGGCGCCAAGAACCACGCCGUCGUGCUGCCGGACGCGGACCCGGACCGCGCGAUGAACGCGCUGGUCGGCGCCGCUUUUGGGGCCGCGGGGCAGCGGUGCAUGGCCAUCAGCUCCGCGGUCUUCGUUGGCGGAUCGGAACAAUGGGAGUCGGGUCUAGCCGAACGUGCAAAGAAGCUCAAAGUGAACGCUGGCAAGGAGCCCGGGGCUGACGUGGGCCCGCUAAUCAGCCCUGAAGCCAAGGAACGUGCCGAGCGGUUAAUUUCCGAAGGGGUGAACCAGGGUGCCCGGUUGGUGCUGGACGGGAGGGGGGUGAAGGUCCCCGGGUACGAGGAGGGCAACUUCCUAGGGCCUACCAUCCUGGCUGACGUCACGCCCGACAUGGAGUGCUACCGGGAGGAGAUCUUCGGGCCCGUGCUGCUGUGCCUCAAGGCGGAGAGCCUGGAUGACGCCAUCCAGACGGUCAACAAUAACCCGUACGGCAACGGUACCGCUAUUUUCACUCGGUCAGGGGCCGCUGCCAGGAAGUUCCAGCACGAAAUUGACGUAGGCCAGGUCGGCAUCAACGUGCCCAUCCCGGUUCCGCUUCCGUUCUUCUCGUUCACGGGAUGGAGGGGAUCCUUCCAAGGCGAUCUCAACUUUUACGGCAAAGCGGGGGUCCAGUUCUACACUCAAACGAAGACUAUCACAUCAUCCUGGAAGGACGAUGACGUAUCCACUGUUCAGACAAGCUUCCCCAACGCGGGCAAGCAAUAGCUUCGCAUUCUCCAGCUCUGGAAAAAGCAACGUUAGAUUUGAAUAGCGAGGUAGCCAAGCGAAACGGCAGCUUUCCGAAGCAGCGCCGGUUGAAACGUUGCGCUGUGAGCUUUUAGCGUUUCAAGUUUCGCACUACGUUGGGAAAGUGUCCUUGUACACUCCAGAAUCUUGCAUACCUUGUACAUAGCAAAGACGCUGGCAGCUUGUGUUGCUAAUUGAUAGAUGCCUUUAACGAGGCACUUGCUACGCCCGUAUUUUACUGAAGCCUGGC